AUGAUCGGCGCGCCCGACGUGAUGGCCUUCGCCAAGGAGGAGGCGGCGGCCGAGGAGGCGGCGGCGGCAGCGGCGCGCGAGCCGGGCCUGCCCGAGGAGUACUCGGUGCCGCUGCUGCCCGCGCCAGGCCGCGGCGCCCACCCGUGGUCCCGGCGGGGCGGCGCGGGGGGCGGCGCGGGAGGGGCUCCGCCGCCGUUCCCGCGCGACUUCCUGCUGGUGGCCGAGUUCUCGGAGCAGGUGGGCCCGCAGCCGCUGCUGACGGUGCCGGCCGGGGAGGCGCCGGGCGGCUUCGACCUCAACUACUUCGCGCUGCGCAUCAUGUCGGUGGACUACCAGGCCUGCGCGGCGGGGGCGGCCCCGGGAGGCCCGUACCCGCGACUGCGCUUCGCCCGGGACUCGCAGGUGGUGCUGGGCGACUCCAAAGCGGGCGCCUUCGCCUACGUGCACCACCUGACGCUCUACGACCUGGAGGCGCGCGGCUUCGUGCGGCCCUUCUGCCUGGCCUACGUGUCGGCCGACGAGCGCAAGGUCAUGCGCCUCUUCCCUGAGCUCUCGGCCCAGUUCUCGGGCGCCUCUGAGGCGCUCAAGGCCGGCAACCGCAGGGCCUUCGCCCGCGAGCUGGAGAAGAAGCUGCGUGACCUGGACUACACCCGGGCCGUGCUGCACCGCGAGACCGAGCUGCAGAAGCGCAGCCUGGCCAAGGGCUGCUACUCCAGCCGGGCCAUCGAGAAGGCCAACGAGCUGGCCAGCGUGGAGAAGGCCAUCAUCGAGCACCGCGACCUGCUCCGGCAGAUCCGAUCCUACCCGCCCGGCCGGCGGAAGCAGCCCAGUGGGCCUCCCUGCGAGCCUAGCGGGGAGGACGCCCACCCGGAGUUCUCCGUUGAUGAUGAUGAUGCGUUCCCCCCGCCCUGUCCUCCAGGCUCCUCCUACACCCCGAAGCUCAUCCCAGCCAAGUCCAGCAAGUGCUUCGACAAGAAGCUGAAAACCCUCCAGGAACUGUGCGAGGAGCACUCCUUCAACCAGACCCUCGACCGCUUGCAUCGGAUCGAGAAGAUGUUCCGGGGCGAUGUCUGCCACCUCCUGAUCAGCCGCAUCAGCAGAGCCCUCUUAAAGCAGCAGGCCUUUGCCAGCUUCCUUUUUGAAGACGUGUCUCUUCUGGACGAGGAGCAGCAGGAAAAGCCCUUUGAAGUCGGUCCAGGACAGACCUUGGACCGUCCCAACAUUGCUUGUUUGGAAAGCUGCCCAAGUCCUGAGAUACUAGUCGACCUUGCCUCUUACAAAUCCAGUGUGGAGUCUGUGCUGAUUAAGAUGGACCCAGAGGUUGAAGAGAGCCAAGACCCAGAGGUCCCCCACCCUGUCCCUUACGACAGUGUUGACCUUCUAGAUGUCGACCUGAAAGGGAGCGUCAGCAGUGGCGAAAGCAUUGAAGUUUUGGGAACAGAGAAAUCGGCCACAACUUCUGUGCACUCGGAAAGUCAGUCUGGCUUGCUACAAGGGCCACCCAGCCCCCCUGGAGUGAGAAACAAAGCCGCCAGCAACAGGACCAUAAGCGGGGAUAGCAUUGAAGUCCUUAGCACCUGCCCCUCGGAGGCCUUGAUCCCAGACGAUUUUAAAGCGAGCUACCCAAGUGCCAUUAAUGAAGAUCCUUAUGGUGGCGAAGAAGAGGAAGGCUUCCUGUUCAACCACGAGUUAAAUCUGGACAGCACCGAAGAGGAGGUGGAGGGCAGCCCUGCACCUGAAGCUCCUCCGGGGGAUGCUUCUUGCUGCAUUGGCAAAGAGAGCCCAAACUUUCUUGAGGGUCAAGCCAAUGUGCCUCCCAAACACGACAAUGAGGAUGGCGUGGUCAGCAUUCCCCCACAGCCGUACAGGCCAGGCGACGCGGGGUUUCAGGUGAACUUCACAGACUGCUCCCACGAUGGGGUCCUGGGAGGCCUCCUUGCCUAUGAACUCGAUCCUCAUUUCCUUUGUGACGGCCGAGAGGCCAGUAAAAUGAGCCUGGAUAAAUGCUCGGAUUCCACGAGUUUCAUGAGCAGCGCAGCGUCCACCAACUCCGACAGAACUCCGUCCCCUGCUGCUCUCACGGGAGAAAAGUCCAAGAAGGCCGGGCAGAGCGCCUUGCGCUUCAUCCGGCAGUACCCCUUCGCCCACCCCGCUAUCUACUCUCUGCUGAGCGGGAGGACCCUGGUGGUGCUGGGAGAAGACAAGGCCACUGUAGAGAAGCUCGUCACUGCCCUCUCCAUUUUUGUCCCCAAUUCUGGCGCUUACGCCAAGCCCGUGAAGCACUGGGCCACCUCGCCUUUGCAGAUCACGGACUUUCAGAAGUGGAAGCUGGUGGGGCUCCAGAGGUCAACCUCUCCAGGUGGUCCCAACAUGAUGCAUUCUCUCAGCCGGUACAGCCGAUACAUCAGUGUGCUGGACGCCGACCACAAGAUCCUCCGCUGUCCGCAGUACCGAGGGAACCUGAUCCUCCGGCUGGCCGACCAUCGCACCCAGAUCAAGCGGGGGAGCACCUACCACGUGCACGUCCAGACCCUCCUCACCCAGCUCUGCUCCAAGGCCUUCCUCUACGCUUUCUGCCAUCACCUGCACCUCCCCAUCCGAGAGGGAGAGACGGAGGACUCUGUGAGCGCGCGGCGGGAGAACUUCUUGAAAGUCCAGCUGGGUCUGGCAAACGAGGACCGCAAAGUGGUCCAGUAUCUGGCUGAGCUUCUGAAAUUGCAGUACAUUCAGGAUCCCAUCCGCGGGGUUAGCCCUGUGCUCAGGUUCGAUUACGUGCCCAGCGCUUUGUACAAAAUUUAGGUGGCAUCCAGCCUGUCCUGCCAAUGUCCUUCCCCCAUCCAACAUUCGUCUGUGUCUGUUAACAGGCUUCCACGGUUCCAGGACUGUCCUGUGAGCGCAUGGGAACCCUGAGAACGGUAGAGAGUAAAGGGAGAAUCCAGACAUUUGGCACCACUGCCAGGUUGCUCUUAAAAGGCAGGAGAAUGGCAUUGUGCAGAGCGGUGGGAAACCUCCUGAAUGUGGCGGGCAAUCACGGGAGAGCUGGGAGACCGUGUUUGUGAGCAAGUUCUUCCUGUUGGGUCGUUUGCAGAUUGGUGGGAUUAUCGCGAGUGCAUUUCCUUGCAUGUGGGAUAAUAUCCCAACUAAUGUGAAUUGUUAUUUGAGCAAUUGGCUGUCACCCUUGAAAUGAAAGAGGCCUUGUUGGUUUUACUUCCCUCUUUUGAGCAUAGGGUAGUGUUCGGAAGCCAGAUAUAAAACUUCUGGUUUGCUGAGGAGGCUUCAGGGGUGGAAUUCCGGUGGGUGCGAAAUCUGUGUGGCCAGCUGGGGGUGGGCGCUCUGAUUCAAAAGGGAAACUCACUGUUGCAUUGCACUUCUGAAUGAGGAGUUGCAUUGCAACUCUGAAGACUGUUGAGGUGGUCCAACGUUGAGGAUGUGAAUAUGGGCGGCCCGUGGUUAACAAUCUAACGUGGCUUGGUUUUGGGGCAGGACAGAGCCUAAAGAUUGCCCAGAGUGUCAGCUACAAUUUUUUAAGCCCUCUUGCGUUUCCCAUAAUCUGACACCUGAGCGUUUUGAACCCCCAAAUUGACUGGGUUUAAGCUCUAAUGACCUGGCCAGCGUAAGCCCUUCAAAGAUAAAAGUGUUCCUUUGCUCUAGGUGGCAGCUUAGAUCUUGGCUAACAAAAGAAGCUGCUCAAACAGCCCUUAGUUUGGUGGCUAACAAGAUUGCAGAUUGAGAUCUUUGCUGUUUGCCCUUGAAAAUAUUCCAGCUGGUGCUGAAGACACGCCAGUUUUCCCUUCUGUGGUAUGUCAGGAUUGCACAAGACUGGCUUGAGAAAGCUUUUUGGAGUGAGCGCACUUGGCUUACUCAUUUGAAAAAGAUUUCCAACACGUCAAUUUCUUCUUCCACCCAAUGAAAUGUUUGGGGAAGGUUGGUUGUGUUGCCAGUUUCAUCGAUGUCAUCUGUGCUGGCACAGCAACAAAGAAUUUUAUUUCAACAAGACUAGGUAGCAGAUUUUCAAGGGAGUGUUCAGUUUCUGGGCCUAUUUAAGGGAUCCUAAAACUUGCCCGCCUGUAAUCCCCAAGAGUUGGUUAGAAAGUGUUAUCGGGUUCUUUAGGCACCCGUGUUUGCAGAGGGCAUCUUUGACUUUAGGACAGUGUUUCUCAACCUUGGCAACUUGAAAAUUGGUGGACUUCAACUCCCAGAAUUCCCCACAUCUUGUAGUAGCCAACGUUGAGAAACGUUGUUUUGGGAGAUUGCAGCUUGGAAGCCGCAUCCAGGGCCAUGGUGCCUUUUGAGAGCAAUCUGGAGUCGCCCCUGCAGACUGGUAGACCUUGCGUGAGUUGAUCUGGUGGUGCUGGCGACUGGCCUGCCCUUGUAGCAUUUGUAGACGUAGCACUGCCCUCCCGGGGGCCCCUGGAGAAUAAAGGCCCCCACCC